GGCCAUCUUCCUGCUAUAUGUAAUAUCAAGCAAUAGUCGAGAGGUAGUUGUCAACUAUGAUAUUCUACUAUAUUAUACGAGUAGCCGAACCCCAGAGACGCACUAUCUUGUCACCGGACGCUGACGCUAGCAGCCUCGAGUCUGGCGAGAAAGCCACUGACCAGACCCCGUCACCGUGCCCCUCGAGCGUCUGCUAUAGUAUACCAGUGGCCGUAUUCCAGAGCUGUAUUAUCUUAUCGAAUAACACUGACGCUAGUAACCUCGAGUCUGGCGAGAAGGCCACCGAGCUAACCUCGUUACUAUGCCCCUCAAGUAUUUGCUAUAACGUACCGGUAGCCGCAUUCCAGAGCCGUACUGUCUUGUCACGGGACGCUAACGCUAGUAGCCUCGAGUCUGGCGAGAAGGCUACCGAGAUGACUACACUGCUGUGCCCCUUGAGCAUUUGCUAUAGCACACCAGUAGUUAUAUCCCAGAGCCGUACUGUCUUAUCGUGAGACGCUAAUACUAGUAGCCUCGAGUCCGGCGAGAAGGCCACCCAACAAACCAGGCCGCUAUGCCCCUCGAGUGUUUACUACAGCGCACCGGUGGCUGCACCCCAGAGUCGCACUGUCUUGUCUUGGGACGCUAAUACUAGUAGCCUCGAGUCCAGCGAGAAGGCUACUGACCAGACUAUACCGCUAUACCCCUCGAGCGUCCGCUAUAGUGCACCGGUAGCCGUAUCCCAGAGCCGCACCGUUUUGUCUUGGGACGCUGACGCUAGUAGCCUCGAGUCCGGCGAGAAGACUACUGACCAGACCCCACCGCUGUGCCCCUCGAGCGUCCGCUGCAGCAUACCGGUAGCCGUAUCCCAGAGCCGUACCGUUUUGUCACGGGACGCUAAUGCUAGUAGUCUCGAGUCUGGCGAGAAGGCUACCCAGCAGACCCCACGGCUGUGCCCCUCAAGCGUCUG